CGAAGCAAAGUAUUCUCUCUCUCUCUCUCUCCUCUCUCUCUACCCUCCUCUUCUUCCUCCGAUCGACCUCGCAAAGCGACGCGCUUCCGUUUACCGAGCACGGGGCAUCUCCAAUGGCGCCGCCUCCAGGACCAUUCUCCGGGACCAGCACUCUCGCCCUGGUGGCUCGUGUUUCGGCCUUUUCUUUCGGAGCUGUCUAUGGAAGCGUCAAGUUGAAGUAUCUCAAGUGCUUUCAUGGGUGUUUAGGGAGCGCACGAGUAGCUUGUGGAAAUGACUGUUAGUGUGGAUUUUCUGGACUGGGUCUGGAAUUUAUUCUCCUUUUAGUGAGGCGAAGGCCAAGUCCCAAAGGAAAGCCGAGGCCAAGGCUCAUCAUUGACUGUUACAGCUCCUUUCGAUUGGAAGUCUCAAUUUCUAGAAUUAGGGAUUGAAUAAUCCGCUGGUAGAUUUUACCAUGAGCAUUCGCUGCGUCUCCAACAAUCUACAUGUUUCGUGAAAUUUACUUGAACCUUGGUUCGGCUAUUGUCACGGCAUUCCACCUUUCACGGCUUGCCAAAUUGUCCCGACAGACAUGUUAGUCCAUUCCCUUGGAAAAUAAUUGCUCUUGCUUAGAAAUUUUGGGACUUGGGAGAAGUUGUUUCCCACUUAGAAUGCUGGGAUAAUUUGCUUACUUAGUUUGCAUUACUGGCUAAGUAUUGAUUCAUCGUGCUGGUGCGCCCAGUAUUUUUUUUA